AUGAACUUGUGUGUCUCGAUAAGCAACACUGACAAAGAAUCCACCAACGCCCUUGGUGAAGAAAGAGACCAGCAGGAUGGAGAAACUAGCGGUGGCAGCGAUGGACUAAGCUGGCUAACACAAGCCGCCGGCAGCCACAAGCCGUCCGCGGCAGCGUCGGGCAUCCCGUCUACUGUCGUGGUGGAUUCGAGAGAAGGCGAUGCAGGGGCGGACUGGCUGGCCGUAGCGAAAUCGAGCGGGCAAGCUAAGCGCUCUACCGUCGUGAAGAGACCCUCCGUGGGAGCUGCAGCUCCCGGUGGAUGGAUGUCUUCGGGCAAGCUAGGUUUACCGACGGGAGACGGCAGUGAUGAAGACCAGGCCGGCAAGACCAGUGGCAGCGGCGGUGUGGCCAAGCCCAAGAAAAACAAGAAGGCUAGAGGUUCUGUGUCGGCCACAAGCGGACCCGGAGGGUGGCUGAGCGCCGGCGCACUCGGUGUUCCGGCAAAGGACGAGAGCGACAAGGAAGACGGUGUCGGCAGCGACGACGGUCAAGCUGCGAUGGUCACGAUUGAAACCCAGACCGAAGAAAACAUCGGAGCGGUUACAAAGGCAGGAACUGACGCCGAGAAGGGGAACGCCUCUAAGCUUCCGCCUUGGGCCAAGCCGUGGGUUGCACCCCCGACGCCCGAGGUCAAGCCAGAUACCGCCGCUGAGCCUCCACCGGAGAAACAGGAGUCCACCGGCGCCGUCGGGAUGAAAGAAAGGGGUCCAGUGACCGACGAGCACGGCGACGGGCCGACCAGCGGCGGCAAUGAUGGCCUAGGCUGGCUCACACAAGCCGCCGACAGCCACAAGCCGUCCGCUGCAGCAGUGGGCAUCCAGUCUACUGCCAUGGUGGGUUCGAGCGACGGCGACGCAGGCACGGACUGGUUGGCCGUAGCGACAUCGAGCGGGCAGGCCAAGCAUAACAAACGCUCUUCCGCCGUGAAGAGACCCUUCGUGGGAGCUGCAGCUCCCGGUGGAUGGAUGUCGUCGGGCAAGCUAGGUUUACCGACGGGAGACGGCAGUGACGACAACCAGGCCGGCAAGACCAGCGGCAGCGGCGGUGUGGCCAAGCCCAAGAAAAACAAGAAGGCCAGAGGUUCCGUGUCGGGGACAGGCGGGCCUGGAGGGUGGCUGAGCGCUGGCGCACUCGGUGUUCCGGCAAAGGACGAGAGUGACGAGGAAGAGGGUAGCGGCGGCGAAAAAGACCGACGAGGCGCCGCCGUUAACAUCGAAACUCAGACCGACAAUGACAUAGAAGCAGCCACCAGGGGAGCCGCAGAGAAGGGGGACACCCGGAAGCUCCCACCCUGGGCCAAGCCUUAUGUUCCUCCAGAUCCGACUCAAGAGGUCGUGCCGGAUACUGCCGCCGAGUCGACAAUCGAGAAGCAGAAAAACUCCGACGCAUUAGGUCAGGAAAGAGCGCUAGAGGCCGAUGAGGGUGGGGUUGGGCAGGCGAGUGGCGGUCGCGACGGACUUGGCUGGCUCACAGAAGCUGCCAACAAGAACACAGCUGCCGCAACGCCGGCCUCCUCAUCAGCGCCGGACUGGUUGGCUGGUGCCAAGUCGAGAGGCACGACUAAGCACAACAAGCGCUCUACGGCCGCGAAGAGAGCUUCCAUUGGGAGUGCGGCACCCGGUGGAUGGAUGUCUUCUGGAAAGCUUGGCCUUGCGACGGGAGACGACAGCAGCGACGAAGAUCAGGCCGGCAAGACCGAUCGCGGUAGCGCUAAGCCUCGGAUGAAGAAGAAGAAGCAGCAGCGAAGAGGGUCCGUGCCGGCUGCAGGCGGGCCUGCAGGGUGGCUCAGCUCAGGGGCACUUGGUGUUCCGGCACAAUACGAGAGCGACGAGAACGGUGGUGAUAGCGACGGCGGUCGACCUUUGAUGGCGACGACUGAAACACAGACCGAAGACAACAUCGAAGCAGCCACCAAGACGGCGAAUGGCCCUAAGCUCCCGCCCUGGGCCAAGCCGUGGACUCCUCCACCUCCAGAGCCGGAAGCCGAGCCAGGUACCGCCCCCGACCCGCCAACCGAACAGGAGCCUGACACCCCAGGUACUCCAGACUGGAUCCUCGCGUCUUUGGACCCGGACACCGAGGGGGCGGCGGCAGCGCCAGCACCAGGCGGCAGCCCCGGCGACUGGCAUGUCCAGGAAAAUCAGGCUGGUGGAGGCCCUGCGGGUACAGGGGGAGGAAGCACCGGUCCAGACUGGCUUCAACAAGCCACCGCAGCCUCCACGGGAAAGCCUGCGAACCGCUGGCGAGGUGCUGCGACACAGCGACCAGGUGGUGGGAGAAAGGCGGCCGCGCAGUCACCCCUUUCGUGGAUGAGCAGCAUGAAGCGCCGCUCGUCCAUGGACCUCAACGAUCAAGGCGUGGAGGAGGCUAUCGCUCAAGCAAAGGCCAAAACUAUCCCAGGGGGCUGGCUGCAAAUAGGGGCGCUAGGAGCACCCGACGCCGUCGAAGAGGCGAACGCGCUUGAGGAAGCCCGGGCCGCUUCAUCCCUAACCAGGUGA